AUGAGGGAAAGGAAAGGAAGGAAACGUAGCAGCUAUUAUUGGUUGUGUAAUGCCUUGGAUAUCUAUUGUCCUGUACAAUGGGAAUAUGGUCGUCUGAAUAUCAAUUAUACGGUGGUUUCGAAACGCAAAAUCAAAGCAUUGAUUGAUAAUAAAAUUAUCCGAGAUUGGGAUGAUCCGAGACUCUUCACGCUAACAGCGCUUCGUCGCCGGGGUGUUCCUCCAGAAGCAAUAAAUAUGUUUGUGGCACGCCUUGGCCUAUCCACUGCCCAGACAUCCAUUGAUCCUCAAAUGCUAGAUGCGGCAAUUCGUGAUUACUUGAAUCUAACUGCACCGAGAACAAUGGCAGUAUUGGAUCCGUUAAAAGUAACGAUCGAAAAUUUCGAUGAAUUAGGUUUUGGACACUCAAUCGGUGUACCAGAUUUUCCACUAAAUCCGGACUCUGGUGGUCAUCAUUUUGUUGCCGUUGAUCGUGAAAUCUACAUAGAACGAUCGGAUUAUCGAGAG